UUUAACGACGUUGAUCUGUCUUGAUUACCUUCUAUUUUUAUUUUAUUAAAAUUAAAAUAUUAUAAAUGUUUCGUCUGAUGUGAUGUCUCACGUCGCACGUCUUACUGUUCAGAAAUUUUUAGAAUCUAAGGUUUGUGAAAAUAUGUUUUGAGCAGCUAUAUUUUAUGAGGACAUUCGUAAUAUUUAAGUUUGCUUUUGGUUAUUGAAACCUGAACCAUGGAAGCACCUUCGAUGGACACUGUUUACCAGGCUAUCAGCGCGUUGUACGAUAAUCAAAACACACAAGAAAAGGAAAAAGCGUCAAUAUGGUUAGGAGAUGUCCAAAAAUCGAUACAUUCCUGGAAAAUAGCUGAUGAACUUCUCCAAGAGAAAAAAAAUGUGCAUACAUGUUAUUUUGCUGCUCAAACUAUGAGAUCAAAAGUUCAACAUAAUUUAUCAGAAUUACCUGAAGAUUCGAUAGUGUCUCUUCGUGAUUCUCUUAUUACUCAUUUAGAAUCUGUUUCACCAGAUGUGAGCACAGCAAUAUUAACCCAACUAUCACUAGCCCUUGCAGAUUUAGCUUUACAAAUGAAUAAUUGGCCAAAUUGUGUCAGUGAUCUAAUUAAGCUUUUCUCUAACAAAAACAUAUUUGCCCUCUUAGAAAUUUUAACUGUGCUGCCUCAAGAAAUUGAUUCCGCUAGCCUAAAGUUAGGGGAAAACCGCAGAGAGGAAAUAAAACAUGACUUGAGAGGCAACUCACAAAUAGUAUUGAUGUUUCUUAAAGAAUGUGUUGCCAGUUCACAAGAUUCUAAUAUAGCUCUUAAAAUAAUUAGAUGCAUGACAUCUUGGCUGCAAGUAAAGGCAUUGAAUUUGCAAGAAUUACCACAGAAUCCCCUAAUAGGAUUAUGUUUACAAGUUUUAAGGGACUAUACCUCAAUCUACCUAUUACAUGAUGCUGCAACAGACUGUAUUUGUGCUAUAUUGCAAUGCUUGGAGGAGAAUAACAAUAAUGAUGAUGUAGAGAGAUUGUUGUUUGAUAGUGUAUCAGCUUUAGAGGAGAGCUACCACCUGGCAGUGGCUCAUGAAGAGGAAGAGAAGGCUGUAAACUUUGCAAGAUUAUUUACAGAACUAGGGGAGACAUUCUUAGAGAAGAUCAUAAUGAGCACAGCUAACGGUACUCCACAUUUUGCAAUGAGGUCCCUGGAGUUGGCAUUGGUUUGUGUUGGUCAUCAUGAUUAUGAGGUUGCAGAAAUAACAUUCAACUUGUGGUAUCGACUGUCAGAACACAUAUAUCAGAAAGAUUAUGCGCCACUAACAGAUGCAUUCAAGCCCCACAUUGAACGGCUCAUUGAGGCUCUAGCCAAGCAUUGCCAGUGUGAACCAGAUGUUAACAAUAUCCCUGAAGAAGGCGAUGAUUUCUUUGAGUUCCGAGUAAAAGUAAUGGAAUUGAUAAAGGAUGUAGCAUUUAUUGUGGGUUCAAGUUCUGUGUUCCGUCAGAUGUUCUCAAUGUUGCAAGCUGACUUGCCUUGGGAAAAAACAGAGGCUGCCCUAUUUAUCAUGCAGGCGGUAGCUAAAAAUAUUUUACCUGAAGAGUAUGAAUAUGUACCUAAAGUAGUGGAGGCGAUACUCUCAAUGCCCGACGACAGUCACUUAGCCGUGCGGAACACUUGCAUUCAGUUACUGGGGGAGCUCUGUGAGUGGAUUGAACGACAUCCCCAGUGCCUCGAGCCCUGCUUAAGAUUCCUGGUCAGGGCAUUGCUGCAUCCUAAACUGGCAUAUGCAGCAGCUACUGCACUCCAGAGCGUGUGCAAGGCUUGCCGCGCGGAGGCGUCGCUGCACGUGUCGGUGGUGGUGGAGGCGGCCCGAGCCACCGACAGCCUGGCGCUGCCGCCGCACACGGCCGCGGCGCUCAUGCGGGCUCUGGCCGCCGCCAUCUCGCGGCUGCCGCACCCUCAGCUGUGCACGGCGAUGCGCGAGGCGGUGGGCGUGCAGGUGGCGGGGCUGCGCGGGUGUGGGGGGGCGGGCGGCGCGGCGGGCGAGGUGAAGCGCGGCGGCAGCGCGGACCCGGCCGUGUGGCUGGACCGGCUGGCGGCGCUGUUCCGGGACGUGGACGUGCAGCUGGCGCCCGCCGACCACCCCGCCAUGCCGGCGCUGCGGGACGCCUGGCCCGUGGUGCACCAGGUCAUGAACAAAUACAUCAACGACGGGCGCGUGAUGGAGCGCGCGUGCCGCUGCGUGCGGUUCAUGGUGCGCGGCACGGCGCGCGCGGCCGCCGAGCUGCUGGGCGAGUGGGCCGAGGCGCUGCCGCGGCUGUACCUGCGGCGGCCGCACUCGUGCCUGCUGUACCUGGCCGCCGUGCUGGUGGACGCGCUGGCCGACGACGCCACGGCGCACCAGCUGACGCGCCUGCUGCACGCGCUGCUGCCGCCCGCGCUGGCGCUGCUGGCGCGCCCGGGCGGCCUGCGCGACAACCCCGACGCCGUCGACGACCUGUACCGUCUGUGCAUCAGAUACUUGCAGCGGAUCCCGGAGCAGUUCAUCAGCAGCGGGUGCGCGGCCGGCGUGCUAGAGUGCGCGAUCUCGGCUGCCAAGCUGGACCACCACGACGCGAACUGCUCGCUCAUGAAGUUCCUGUGCGACCUGCUCACCAUGGCGCGACUGCCCGGCCGCUCCAACGACGUGAUCCCGCUGGUGAAUCGUUACGGAGAGGAGCUGAUGUUCGCGGUGCUGGAGGCUGCCGUGCUGCACCUCCACUCCUACAUGCUGGGCGAGGUCGCUGAAGUGAUGGUCGAGCUAUUGUGCUGCCAGCGUCGCCAAGACAAGGACUGGCUCGCAAACGCUUUGAGUCGUCUGCCGCGGGGGCGGGCCGCUGCCACAGAGCAGCAGUGUUGGCAGUUCCACCAGCAGGCGCUGCGAACGGAGAAAUACAAGGACCUCACUAGGCUCUUGCGUGAUUUCGCGAGACUUUAUCGAUAAUAUAAUACUGAUUAUUAGACCCCAAGCAUUAAAGUGAGACAAGACACACACCGGACAUAUUGACUUACAAGACUGUAAGUCUACAGAACUGUAUUGUUGCAGGAACUGAUAAUUAAUAUGUUAAAGGUGCAACGGAACAACUAAUUUUUAAAAUCCAUUGGCAUAAACAUUUAUGUAGAAAUUAAUUAGUUGUGAAUAACUAUGUAAGGAUACAAUGUCAUGUAAUUAUUGAUAUUUUAUGUACAAUAGUAUGUUUCUAUUGUGAAACUUUUUUUUAUAGCAAAUCGUAGUAUUUUUUUUGGUCUAAGUAAAUUUGACUACACGUUCCCCACUGUCGACAAGGAAAGGUGAGUAAAAGUAGACAUGGAUACAUUAAAUAAUAUCUUAAUAUUUUACUCUCCAUUUUGAUUGUGAUAGAAACUUUGUAAUAAUAUUAUUGUAAAUAUUAAUUAAAUAUAAUAGUUUAUCACAAGUA